UCUUUGUCCGCAUCACGAUAUUUCUAUGACCUAAUAUGCUCCAUGCAGCAGGUUAUUUGCCUCGUCUGGAUAAAUUUUCCACGGAAAAUGAAUAGCUUAGUUGCAUAUAAGAUGGGGUUCCCGUCCUACCAAUUCAGCCUCACAGCAAGCGCCGCCAGAGUACAAUCUCAGCAUGACGAACCCUGAGAUUGAGAGCGGUGCAAACCCGCCUCUCAAACGCAUCUGGUACCGUACUUCUCUCUUCAAUGCCUGCGUGAUCGGUGCAGUAGGCUUCCUCGCCCCCGGCCUAUGGAACGCCAUGAACUCCCUUGGUGCCGGUGGCGAGGAGAAACCUUUUCUCGUCAACGCAGCCAAUGCUCUUGUCUUUGGCCUCAUGGGCUUUUUCUGUAUCUUCGGCGCACCCAUCGCCAACCGCAUCGGUCUUAAAUGGACCCUGCUCCUCGGCGCAGCAGGAUACCCCGUCUACGCCGCUGGCCUCUACACAAACGACCGCUUCGGCAACGUCUGGCUAGUCCUCGUCGGCGCUGUCGCAUGCGGCAUCUCCGCCGGACUGUUCUGGGCCAGCGAAGGCGCCAUUGCCAUCGGAUACCCAGAACCCUCCAAGCGCGCCCGAUACCUCAACAUCUGGGUGUGGUGGCGCACUCUCGGUCCCAUCAUCGGCAACUCGAUCGUCCUGGCUCUGAACAUCAAAAACAAAGGCGCCGGUAGCGUCGGCUAUAACACAUACAUCGUGUUCAUCGUUCUUCAAUGUCUCGCCGUCCCGGUAGCCCUCCUCCUCACUCCCCCGGACAAGGUGCAACGCGCAGACGGCUCCCGGGUCAUCAUCCGCGUGGAACCCACCUGGACCGCCGAAUUUAAGGCCCUCUGGAAGACAUGCAAAAACCGGACCGUCAUCCUACUCCUUCCUGUCUUCUGGGCCGUCUACUUCAACGAAUACUCGGGCAACUUUGAAACCUACUACUUCGGAGUGCGCGCUCGGUCCCUCAUCGCCUUUCUCUCCGACUGGGUUACGAUUCUAGCGUCGCAAAUCAUCUCCCACUGGCUGGACUGUAAAAAGAUCCCUGCCAAGACCCGUCUUACCUAUGGCUGGUAUUAUGUCAUCCUCGUGCACGUCAUCGCAUGGAUCCUCGCCUGGGUCGUUCAAGAACAAUAUACCUCGUCUUCUGAUCCCCCGAUGAUGGAUUACACGACUCCGGGGUUUGUCAAAGGGGCGUUUGUUCUCUUCAUGUGGAGUUUCGCUCAACAGACGGCCCAGAACUGGUUGUAUUAUUUGGUUGGAUCGAUGACGGAGAAUAUCGCCGAGUUGACUCGUUUGACGGGGAUUUUGCGGGGACAGGAGAGUUUCGGGGAGGCGGUGUCGUAUGGGUUGAAUACGAAGGAGUGGUUUGGGGGGAGGGUGCCUAUGGCGGUGAAUACGAUUUUAUUGGGGUUGUGUGUGAUUCCGACGUGGAUUGUGGUGAGCAAUCAUGAGAUGGAGUCUGCUGCAGACGGGGAGAGUGAGCAGAGGGAUGUUGUGGAUGAAAAGGGAAUUCCUAGUCUGGAAGUAAAAGAGACGGGGGGGUUUGCUGUGGGGGAUGAGUGAUAGCAGUAUACUACUGAUGUUAUGAUAAAACAAUGAUAAAUCUUUAUUCUUUG